AUGGAUGAGGAAUACGAUGCCAUCGUUCUCGGAACCGGGCUCAAGGAGUGCAUCAUCUCCGGAAUGCUUUCCGUCUCCGGCAAGAAGGUUCUCCACAUCGACCGAAACAACUAUUACGGAGGAGAGUCCGCUUCACUCACUCCACUUGAGCAACUCUACGAGAAAUUCCACGGAGCUCAAGCGAAGCCACAACCGGAGAUGGGUCGUGGACGUGACUGGAACGUCGACUUGAUCCCAAAAUUCUUGAUGGCCAACGGACCGCUCGUCAAGCUUCUCAUCCAUACCGGUGUCACUCGUUACUUGGAAUUCAAGUCGAUCGAGGCGUCGUUCGUCGUGAAAGGCGGAAAGAUCUACAAGGUGCCAGCCGAUGAGAUGGAGGCUCUUGCCACUUCCCUCAUGGGAAUGUUCGAGAAGCGUCGCUUCAAGAAGUUCCUCGUCUGGGUUCAACAAUUCGAUGAGAACAAGCCGGAGACGUGGCAAGGAUUGGAUCCACACAACCAGACGAUGCAACAAGUCUACGAGAAGUUCGGACUUGAUGAGAACACCGCCGACUUCACCGGACACGCGCUUGCUCUCUACCGUGACGAUGAGCACAAGAAUCAGCCAUUCGCACCGGCUGUCGAGAAGAUUCGUUUGUACUCGGACUCGUUGGCUCGUUACGGAAAGUCGCCAUACUUGUAUCCACUCUACGGAUUGGGAGAACUUCCACAAGGAUUCGCUCGUCUCUCCGCAAUCUACGGAGGAACUUAUAUGCUUGACAAGCCAGUCGACGAGAUUGUCAUUGAGAAUGGAAAGGCGAUUGGAGUGAAGUGUGGAGAUGAGAUUGUUCGUGGAAAGCAGAUCUAUUGUGAUCCAUCGUACGCCAAGGAUCGUGUCAAGAAGACCGGACAAGUCGUUCGUGCCAUCUGCUUGUUGAAUCACCCGAUUCCAAACACCAACGAUGCUCAGUCUUGUCAGAUUAUCAUCCCACAAAAGCAAGUCGGACGUCACUACGACAUCUACAUCUCAUGCUGCUCGAACACCAACAUGGUCACCCCGAAGGGAUGGUACUUGGCAAUGGUGUCGACCACCGUCGAGACGGCCAACCCAGAGGCUGAGGUCCUUCCAGGACUCCAACUUCUCGGUCAAAUCGCCGAGAAAUUCAUCCAAAUUUCGGAUGUCUACGAGCCAAGCGACUUGGGAUCCGAGUCUCAAAUCUUCAUCUCUCAAUCCUACGAUGCCACCACUCACUUCGAGACAACUUGCAAGGAUGUGUUGAACCUCUUCGAGCGAGGCACCACCAAGGAAUUCGACUUCACCAACAUCACCCAUCUGUCGUUGAACGAUCAGGAAUAG